GUUUCACCAUUCCUAAUUCACAAGGCUCUCCUCUCCGUACUGGGAGAAGUAGCCUCUGUGAGAAAACUGCGCUCCGGCGACCUUUUAGUGCAGACGACAUCCGAAAAGCAAGCCACUGCCCUAUCUAAGUGUACAAAUAUAUGUACCUUUAAUGUAACUGUCACUCCUCACAAAUCUCUGAAUACUUGUCGUGGAGUAAUAUCUCAAGCUGAAUUCAUAGACGACGAAGAGAGUAUGAUCUUAGAAAACCUGCAAGACCAGCAUGUUGUCGAGGUCCGUAGGAUUAGGAUUCGAAGGAAUGGACAACUCAUUCCAACGAAACAUCUUAUCCUUACGUUUGCCUCUCCAACAUUACCAUCUGCUGUUAAACUUGCAUGGUAUAAUUAUCCAGUCAGACCUUACGUCCCAAACCCUUUGAGGUGCUUUCAGUGCCAAAGGUUUGGACAUUCAAAAGCAUCUUGCCGUGGUACACCUGUUUGUGCUCGCUGUUCUACUCCUGGCCAUUCAAGCACUUCUUGUGAGUUGCAUACCCUUUGCAUUAACGGCAAGGGAGCGCAUGAAGCUACCCAAGAAGUUGUCCCAGAUGGCCACAGGAGAAAGAAAUUCAAUCUGUUAAA